AUGUUUAAACAAUUGGGGAUAUUUGAAAUUGUUUCAUUGUGUUUGGUGGCUGGCCGGUUUAAUCAGAUUUCGGAACCGCACACUACUACUACCUGCGAAGAAUUUGAACAAAACGCCAAAUUUGAUCCUCAGGCAAUUGUCGACUCUAUGUGGAAAAUCGUGUAUUUUUGGUCGAACACCACAGAAGUGCGACCGAUAAUAUUUUCGUUAGUGUCAAAAAAGAGAUUAAAUAAAUUCAAAGCUAUAGUGGAAACGUUAGACCGUCAUCUAGAAAUCGAGUGGCAUCGAGCGAUAAUCAUGAUGGAGCCUCGACCAGGUGUUCAAGCACUUUUCAUUUAUGCUGGCACGCCAGGUGCAUUUCGAGCCGUCAUUAAAAUUGAACAGCGCGAUAAAGUGCGGCCAUAUCCGGAACCACUCCUGAAAUUUGCUGAUUUACGAUUAAAAUUAGUAGGGCGGUAUUUGGGUAUGAUAUGCUGCGAAGACUUGACUGCUUUUGUACUGACUAGAGUCAAUGAAGUACCUUCAACGGAAGAAGGUUGUAUAGCUGCAGCUAGUUAUCUUGGGCUUCGCGGACUAGGAGGAAGAUCACAUUUGUAUCAUAACAGAUUAAGGAGUGAUCUAUAGAUUAAGUGCAAUAACAUUGUAAAAAU